GGAUUUGGCCCCUGAAAAAACCGGAAAGAAGCUUUAAUAUAUAUAUUUUUUUCUGUAGUAUGUAGUCUGUGGUAUUUAUAAGACUCUCUUCGCUUGAUUUGAGCUAAAGUGUUUCUCGAAUAAUGCAAUCGCAUUUUUCCAGCUGUUGUCUCGUGAACGCAAGUUUGUACAGGUAAAUGCGCGCGCACACGCCCUUCACAACUGCCAGUAGAAUCAGGAAGCGCGAGUCCGCGAGAUCCGUCGCACCGAACUCAAUCCACCAUGCACGACCCAAAGGUGUAAAACAAACCGUUUUUACAGCAUAAACACGUUGUUUUUGGCGUUUUUGGGGAGUUCUGACGGAGAGCGAUGGGUUCCAGUGCGGUCCCGGUGCUCAUUGGACUCAUUUUAUUGCAGAUUCACAAAAUCUCAGAAUGUCAGACGAUAGAGGUGACCCCUGACCCCGACACCAAUGUGAUCUUCAGUAAGAAACCUGGUCAGGGUCUGGGCUGUACUGUGUGUAAGAAUGAAGGUUCAUCUCAGACUUGCGACUCCACUCUCAGACUCACCGAUUCCAAAACCACCAGUGUGUCCUUCAACUGCUCUCAGCCGGGAGACGUUUUCACUGUGGAGAUCAACCAAGACAUCGAUUGUUCAUCGUCAGCCUGCAGCAGCAUCGCGGUUCAUCCGGAUGCGACUCGAUUCCUGGAGUUUAGCAGAUCCUUCACCUGGGAUGUGAGGGUUCAGUCCAGCAAGAUGUUUCGCCUGGACUUUCCAGCUCCAGGAAUGAGGCAAAUCAAACCUUCAGAAAGCUGUCCGGACCAGCACACCUACAGCAUCAUCUCAUACCAGCGUACAGGACCCAUAUCCAUCGGCACCUUCUGUCGGAAUGGCACCAUCAGUCGAAUCCAGGUCUGGUUUCGAGGACGCAUUUCUCUGGAGGUUCCUAAAGGCACACCUCUGAACCCGUCCGACUUCAGCGUGUCCGUUGGACCUGCUUCAACAGGACUGGUGGAGGUGGACGUCAAGCUGCCCAGAGGAGAGUCUUCUGUUGAUUUCUUCACACCAAACUAUGGCACAGGCUAUUACAAUGACUACAAAAUAAAGUGGAACUUCGCUGUCGAGCCAAUGGUCAAUUUUACCGUUGAAUUUAAACAAUUCACUCCACCAGAAUGCCAAAAGAAAGAGGUCACGGUUGAUUAUGCAUUUGGAGAAAAGACUUCAUUCUCAAAGAAGCCGAUGGACGUUCAACCCAACAAUCAACAGGGAGACUUCAGCUUGACUCUGAACAACUGUGAAGGAAAAAGUGCAGCAAAUGUUCCUGGGCUUUCAAUGCACAUCAUGGUCGGGGUGUUCAGGGGGGGCAUUCCAUAUCUUUGCGCUGUGGAUCUUCAGAAUGAGGAAGGACUGAGUUUGGAAAUUGUAAACACAAACCCACAAUCGUACUGUGAAAUGAGAUCAAACUCUGUGGUGCAGGAGAAAAUCGUGGUUCCUGUGGGCAGUAAAGCUGAUCUUUACUUCCUCGACUGUCCUGCGCAGGAUCUGCGGCUCACGGCUACUAAAACCAUAGACUUCCCGAGUGCCUCUACCCGUUCUGUCAGAGCGACGUCCCUCAUUAUCCCCCCAAUGAAGUGGAAUCUCCCAGUGGCGCUCCAUGAGUUCUCCUGGCUGCUCCGAGCGCCUGAUCAGACCACACUGGACCUCACGUCUGGCCCCAGGAACCUGCACCAGUCUGUCCCGGACAAGCCCUGCAAGGAGAAGGUCUCUCUGCUGGUGUCUGAGACCCUGGGCUCCAGCAUGGGUCAGUUCUGCUCUACAGCUGACGGUGCCAUCCAGAAGAUCCAGAUCAGAGGAAACGUGUCCAUCACUGCUAGUCCGAAUACAGUCAAAGACCUGAGCCAGGAGACGGAGACUUUCCUAGACAUCACCCCUAGUUCAGAGAUCACCGAGAAUGUCAUCUACACCGUCUCUCCUCUAAUUUCGGGACCCACAUACCUUGCGUCCCCCGACUGGCCUGAUGGCAUGCACCCAUCCUCAUCCGCCUCCUGGAUCAUUAAUGUUCCUCCGGAUUUCAGGGCUAAUCUGUGGUUCACAAACGUCAGUAAACCCGUGUGUGACUCGGGCCACGCAGAGCUGGAGAUCAGCCCGCUGGACUCCUCAGCGGAGACACAGGAAUGGAGAGAAGAUAAGAGUUUCCCAGAUUCCAUCGUCCAGCAGACCAGCUUCUACCUCAACAUGAGCAACUGUGAGCCUGCGAGCGGCCGCUAUGCCCUGCUGACCAAAAUCACCGUCCAGAAGGAGAGCAAGAAGAUUCUGGCCAUUAUCUUGGCUGUGGUCGGGGCGGUGUUGGCUUUGCUGAUCGUCGCACUUGUAGUUGUGUGCGUCAUUCGAAAGAAAAACAAACCCAGCGGCAACAGAUCCUCCAUUUACAUGCCCAAAGGCAAACCAGUCCUGCCUGGCAAUGCAACUUUCCCGAAAUCCAGAGCGGACAACGAAUCUCACGUCUACGCCUCUAUUGAUGAAACACCAUACAACCGACACCUGGACACGAACCGUCCCGCAGACAGUAAUAAUGGUACCUGGACCAACGGCCAUCAAGUGGACACCUACCGCCCAUUCCUAGGACCCAUCGACUCCAUCCCGACGGAUCGGGAUCUGCCUGAUGAGUAUUCACUGGAUAGAGGAAGAGAUAAAGACGUGUUUCAGCCGUUCCUUCCUGCCCCGAACACCUUCAAUCUUCCCAGGCCUCGUUCGCCGCUCAUCUCGCAGGGGAGUCUGGGAUUCGAGGAUCGCAGGAUGGUGGAUAAUGAGCUCAACACUUUUAAGACUGCUGGAGAUAUAAACCCAAUUCGUUUGUCGUCUGAUGAAUGCAAACUUCGGCCGCAGAUGGAUUCGGACUCGGAUUCUUAUCAUGAGCCGGAGUACGAGGAAGCCAUGUGAUUUAUUCAAUACAAUUCUUUAUGUAAAACUAAUGCAGAUUGGACACUCUCUCUAUCGCCGCUCUAGUGGUCGUAUGUGUGUACUGCAUGUAUAGUUUGGUUUUAACGAUUUUUAUCGCGUUUUAGCCUGAAUGAACACUCUUGUUUUGUGAGAGCCGGAUCGGUUUCUGGAAAACGUGACUUUCUUUAUUGAAUGUUUAUUUUAAAUUUUGUUAUGUCUUGAUUGAUUUUCCUCC